CGGCGGUUGGGCUCGCCUCCCCUCGGCGGGCGGGCGGAGGGCGGAGCUGCCCCGCUCCCCGCGAACAUGGCGGGGGCCGGGGCACGGCCUCUCCCCGCCGGCUACUAAACAUCUUUCCCCGGGCAGCGCGGUAGUGGAGAGAGGCCGGCGAGGGCCUCUCCCUGCCGCUGCCGCUAUGGACGAGCAGAGCGUAGAGAGCAUUGCUGAAGUAUUCCGAUGUUUUAUUUGUAUGGAAAAAUUGCGUGAUGCACGUCUGUGUCCUCAUUGUUCCAAGCUGUGCUGUUUCAGUUGUAUUCGGCGUUGGCUGACUGAACAAAGAGCUCAGUGCCCUCAUUGUAGAGCCCCGCUGCAGCUACGAGAGCUUGUAAACUGUCGUUGGGCAGAAGAGGUCACGCAACAGCUUGAUACACUUCAACUGUGCAAUCUCACAAAGCACGAAGAAAAUGAAAAAGACAAGUGUGAAAAUCAUCAUGAAAAGCUUAGUGUUUUCUGCUGGACCUGUAAGAAGUGCAUCUGCCACCAGUGCGCACUUUGGGGAGGAAUGCAUGGAGGACAUACUUUUAAGCCACUGGCAGAAAUCUAUGAGCAACAUGUCACAAAAGUAAAUGAAGAAGUGGCAAAGCUUAGGAGAAGACUCAUGGAAUUGAUCAGUUUGGUGCAAGAAGUGGAGAGGAAUGUGGAGGCAGUGCGUAGUGCGAAGGAUGAACGAGUUCGGGAAAUCAGGAAUGCAGUGGAGAUGAUGAUUGCCCGGUUGGACACUCAGCUGAAGAACAAGCUUAUAACACUAAUGGGUCAAAAGACAUCGCUUACUCAAGAAACUGAACUUCUGGAAUCCCUACUUCAAGAAGUGGAACAUCAGUUACGAUCCUGCAGUAAGAGUGAGUUGAUAUCCAAAAGUUCAGAGAUCCUGAUGAUGUUCCAGCAGGUUCAUCGGAAACCUAUGGCCUCAUUUGUCACUACUCCUGUCCCCCCAGACUUCACAAGUGAAUUGGUUCCAGCCUAUGACUCAACUACGUUUGUCUUGGAAAACUUCAGUACGUUGCGUCAGCGAGCAGAUCCUGUUUACAGUCCACCUCUUCAAGUGUCAGGACUUUGCUGGAGGCUAAAAGUUUAUCCAGAUGGCAAUGGAGUAGUACGGGGCUACUACCUGUCUGUGUUCUUGGAGCUGUCAGCAGGACUGCCAGAGACAUCCAAGUAUGAGUACCGUGUAGAAAUGGUUCACCAGUCCACCAACGAUCCCACCAAAAACAUAAUUCGAGAGUUUGCCUCUGAUUUUGAAGUGGGAGAGUGCUGGGGUUACAACAGAUUUUUUCGUUUGGACUUGCUAGCCAAUGAAGGGUAUUUAAACAGGCAAAAUGACACUGUGAUUCUAAGGUUCCAAGUGCGCUCACCAACCUUCUUCCAAAAGUGCCGAGAUCAACACUGGUACAUUGCUCAAUUGGAAGCAGCUCAGACAAGUUAUAUCCAACAAAUAAAUAACCUUAAAGAAAGGCUUGCGAUUGAACUUUCCCGGACUCAGAAAUCACGAGGCAUUUCACCUCCAGACACUCAUCUUAGUCCCCAGAAUGAUGAUGGUCCAGAAACAAGAUCAAAGAAAUCUGGACAAAGCACUGACGUACUGCUUGAGAAUGUUGCUGCUCCAGGAUUGGUGCGAGAUAGCAAGGAAGAGGAGGAAGAGAAGAUCCAGCAUGAGGACUUUAAUCAUGAGCUCUCUGAUGGUGACCUGGAUAUAGAUCUUGCUGGAGAAGAUGAGGUGAACCACCUUGAUGGUAGCAGCUCUUCAGCUAGUUCAACAGCAACUAGUAACACUGAAGAAAAUGAUAUUGAUGAAGAAACUAUGUCUGGAGAAAAUGAUGUGGAAUAUAGCAGUAAUAUGGAGUUGGAAGAGGGAGAUCUCAUGGAGGAUGCAGCAGCCGCUGCUACUCCUGGGGCAUCAGGGAAUAAUGCAUCACCUGUGUCACGUAUAUGCACACUCUUUCCCUGUAACUCUUCCUUAGGUACCAGCCAUGGCUACACCAGUGCAAGUGGAAGACCUUCAAGGCGGGGAGGAAGCGCCCUUGGCUCAACAGCCAGUAGCAGUUUACUAGAUAUAGAUCCCUUAAUUUUAAUCCACUUGCUGGAUCUAAAAGACAGAAAUGGCAUGGAAAACCUUUGGGGCCUUCAGCCACGUCCACCUGCCUCUCUUCUGCAGAACAGAGCAUCAUCCUAUUCUCUGAAAGAUCGAGAUCAGCGGAGACACCAGGCGAUGUGGCGUGUGCCGCCUGACUUGAAGAUGCUGAAAAGACUUAAAACUCAGAUGGCUGAAGUUCGAAGCAAAAUGUCUGAUGUAAAAAACCAACUCUCAGAAGUGAGAAGCAGCAAUGCUGGCUCAUGUGAUGGACAGCCCAGCUUCUUCUCCAUUGAGCAGGGUGCUUUAGCCGCCUGUGGAACGGAAAGCUGCAGCAAACUGCAAGAAAUAGGAAUGGAACUACUGACAAAGUCUUCAGUUACCAGUUGCUACAUAAGGAAUUCUGCAAGUAAGAAAAGUAAUUCACCCAAACCUAUUCGCACUGGAGCAGCAGGCAGUCUGUCUUUACGAAGAGCUAUGGACUGUGGGGAGAGCAAUCUUCGCUUAAAGGGAGAUGGUCAAACUUCUGAAGGUGGCGUAGGGAGUUCGAAGUUGAGCAGUCGGCAUCACUCUGCCAGGCCCCUGGCUAACAGCAAUGCUUCUGAGGCGCUGCCGAAGCCAGAGGAAAGACCUUGUGAAGGUUCAGAUUCCGAUGUGGGGGUUUCUGGCUUAAAUGGCUUAGCUGCUGUAGAGAAGACCAGAAAAGUUGGUGCUCUAGGAUCAAAUUCUAAAGGAUGUCGUACAGAAGGAACACAGUCAGGUGGUCUGGAAAACAGUUCUGAAAGUGGAGAACUGCAGGGUAUACUUUCUGAAGGCGCUUCUGCGGGGCCAGAAGAAGCUGGGGUAUCUCAGAAGCAUGUCCUUCAUCUCCUACCAGGAAUGAGCAGUGACAGUGACAUUGAAUGUGACACUGAAAACGAAGAGCAGGAGGAUGCCACCUCUACCUCGGAGGGGUUUAACCAUUCCUUCUCUGUCCAGUCCUCAGGCGAAGCCUCGGAGCGGUGCUCAGUGUUCCCAGAGGGUGAUCAAGUCGGUCCUGAUGAUCUCAGCUUUGCUACUGGAGAAGACACUACCAGGUAGAGAAUGGGCUUGGAGCCUGAAGACCUGCCGGCUCGUGUCCCUGGGAAGAGGCACGUUUAUUCACUGGAGCUUAGUCCAAGGCUGCUGUUUCUGGCUGUGUGCACACUCCAUUCUGUCAGUACUCUCGUGUGGUUCUUCUACAGUCGUCUUAAACCUGUUACUGGGGUAAAAUGACCUGUGAAGGCCUUACACUAAAGGUUGCAUUCCUGCUGGCUCCGCCAGCUUCAGAUGCUUGGAAAAAAUGUCCAAAAGGUGCUGGAGCCCUGUUUGAGGCUGUGUCCUAUUGUGUCAUUGGAAUAACAGCCACUGGGUGAAUGUCCCCAUUUUAAACGGUGUGAACUGAUUGUCUAAGGCUGCUGAAUCCGACAGCUGCGAUGGGGCGAGAGUUGGGGUGAAGUAGCUGGUGCAGAAGUUGUUUUCCUCAGUCUGUGGUGUGGACCAACCGAACACAUUGCCAAACUCUUUGCCACCGUGCAUUGCAUUUUGAGCUGCUAAACUACUCGUGAAGCUAUGAUGAAAGCUGAAUACCCGGUUAGUGACAAAGCAUGAAUAGCUGUAACCGAUAGUUGUCCUUGUCUCGGCUGGCUGUACUGACGUUUGUUUCUGUCUGAAUGUUCCACAGUGUAAGUGCUGUACAACUCCUAGUUUAAAACUGUUUGCACUUUGUUAAUAAAAUGAAUGUUGAACUCUGCUGUGAA